GACUGCCGUAAAUGCAGGAAGGGGCAGUACAGUGAAGCCAUGAAAAAGAGAGAAGUGCACAAACCUAUAGGUCUGCAUAGAAACAGAAAACCCCGAGAGACAAAAUAAUACUAUCAACAGUUUCCUAUAACGUAACGUACACUAAAACCACACUCUCUCCCUCGUUCUCUCUGUAAAUCUCUGCAACCUCACAGCUCCUCUACACCCCAUUCAAGAAUCCCCCCAAUUAUUAAACCCCUCCCCCAAAUCUUCCAGCCUUUCAUCACUCAUUUCAUGGCAAAAACGCUUUAAAAAAACCCCUUUUUUUAAUGGAGCCUUCUUCUUCUUCUGACAGAGCCACAACUCAUCAUAGAUCUCAUGACCUCUUCAUCUGCUUCACAUCCACGAAAACUUCUACAUCUUCCAAGUCACCCACUAGGCAAGGCUCAGCCAUGUUUAAUACAGCCUCUAGAAAACGAGGUUCCGGGGCGGAAUCGAACCCGGAACCUACUUCCCCGAAAGUCACGUGCAUUGGACAAGUGAGAGUCAAGACCAAGAAACAAGGCGACAAGAUGAGGAACUUGUCUCGGAGAAGCGCGGAGAUGAGUUUCAGAAAAGUGAUGCAACGACAGAGUAGUUUCAACAGUAUACAUCAUCAACAAGAAUGCUCUUCUCAUAGGAACCAGAGAUGGGUCCACUUGCCUUUGACUUUAUGCGAGACUCUGAGAUCAGAGUUCAGCUGCUUGUUUCCCUGCAAAUCCUCGUGUUUGAGUCAGAGUACUACUCAUUGUAGAGAUGAUCUCGAGGAAUGGAUGAAUGAUGAGGAGGAUUAUGAAGAUGAGAAGGUGGUAAGGAGACAUGUGUUUGAUGAAAUCGAGAUUAAGGAUUGUUUUGAGCAGGGUGGGAGAGUGAGCUUGUGUGUGCCGCCUAAGAAUGCUUUGUUGUUGAUGAGGUGUAGAUCGGAUCCUGUUAAGAUGGAGGCUUUGGCUAAGAAGGUUUAUGAGCCUAAGUUGCAUCAUCAUGAACAUGAUCAUGAUGAUGAGGAUUGUAACGAUGAGAAUGAUGAUGAGGAGGAGGAUUGUAACGAUGAGAAUGAUGAUGGGAAUGUGGAUGUAGACCAUGCGGUUAGUUUUGAUAAGGUUAAAGUUGUGGAGGUUUUUGAAGAGAGGAGAGCUUCUAUUUCUUAUAAUAUUGUAAAUCAAGAAAAUUUAAGUGAUGUGAAAGUGAAUGACUUGUUAAUUAGUGAAGGAGAUGAUGAGAUUUGUGAACCAAGUUAUAGAGAAGAAGCACAAGAACUGAAAUGUGCACAAGAUGGUGCAAUAGAAGGGGAGGGAGAUGGUCAGGUUUUAGAGAGAGAUGAUUUGGAAAUCAAGAAUGUGGAGAGAGAGGGGACACAACGGCUGCCGGAAUGUUUGCUGCUGAUGAUGUGUGAGCCGAAAUUGUCGAUGGAGGUGUCGAAAGAGACAUGGGUUUGCAGCACGGACUUUGUUAGAAACCGGGGGCAAAAGAAGAAACUUCACGCGCCCAACGCGCCGCCGUGUGCGAAGACGGGUGACGGGGAUGGAGAUGCGGUGGUUGAGAGAAGGAAGAGUGUGGAUUCUAGAUGUGGUGACAACCCGUUUGCCGCAUUGCCUCCGCUGUACCCGGCGGCGCGUGAUGUGCAACCGGGGAGAGCGUCGUGUUGUUUGCCCGCUGCGCGUGGGGGAGUUUCGAUGGCGAGUAUGAUAGAGCAGAAGCUAGGGGACGCCGUGGCAUAUGAGCCGUUUGUGUUGACUAGGUGUAAAUCUGAGCCGAUGAGAACGGCUUCUAAGCUGGCUCAGGAGGGCUGUUUUUGGAAGAAUAAGGCGUUGGGGCCGCACGGGAGGGCUCCGUUUGGAGUUGGCGCGGCUGAGGCUGGGUGUUGAGCCGAGCCAACUGACCUUUGUGUAGUUAAACUUUUUUUACUUCUUUCAAAAUUGUUGUAGUCUUUUGUUAUCUUACUGUUUGGCAGUGUUGGUGAGUUUUGGGCUUGUAUCCUGUACAUUUUAAAAUUAAGAUCCACUCUGAUCAUACGUAUAUAAAUAUUAUAAUAGUAGAAUUGUUUUGUGA